UGUCGGRGUGAGAGAAAACACAAGUUUGCUCUUGAAGAUCCUUAACUUCAGAAGUCAAGAUGAUUUUGUCCUGGUGCCUGUUUAUUCUGGCUUUAACAUCGUCUACAACUCUAAGCACCAAUCCUGGAGUGGAAGUCAGGCUAACAAACAAAGGCCUUGACUAUGGCAGACAAUUGGGCAUUGCUUAUGUUCAGCAGGAACUCAGAAACGUCAAAAUCCCAGAUUUCUCUGGGACUGAGAGAGUGGUCGUUGGCAAAGUAAAGUAUUGUUUGUCAAAGAUACAUGUAGUAAAUGUGGGGUUACCGAGGUCUGCAAUAGAUCUCGUGCCAGGGUCUGGAGUCAAGCUGACCAUUGGUGAUGCCUUCAUCAGUAUGCAAGGAAACUGGAAGAUCAAGUACCUUGUGUUAAAGGACAGUGGCUCUUUUGAUUUGAAUGUCAAUGGGCUUACAAUCACUACAAGUAUUGCUGUCAGAAGUGAUGAGACGGGCCGGCCUACAGUCAGUGUUACCAGCUGUGCGGCCAGUGUUGGCUCUGCCAAAAUCAAAUUCCAUGGUGGAGCCAGCUGGCUGUACGAUCUCUUCACCAGGUUCAUAGAUAAGGCUCUACGUGAUGCUCUGCAGAAACAGAUCUGUCCUCUGGUGACCAAAGCAGUUGAAGCUCUGGUCCCUCAGCUGAAAACUCUCAAUGUGCUGGCCAAGGUGGACAAGUAUGCAGAGAUUGAAUAUUCUAUGGUCUCAUCUCCAGCAGUUUCAACGUCUUCUAUAGACCUGAGCUUAAAGGGUGAAUUCUACAACAUAGGGAAGCAUCAGGAGCCCCCAUUCUCCCCCACAGCCCUUUCCCUGCCGCCUCAGACUGACAACAUGUUGUACAUUGCCCUGUCUGCGUUCACCUUCAACUCUGCGGCCUUCGUCUACAACAACGCCAAAGUGCUCAGCAUUUACAUCACAGAUGACAUGGUACCCAAGAGCUCUCCAUUCAGACUGAACACAAAAACGUUUGGGGCCUUAAUCCCACAGAUUGCCAAACAGUUUCCUGGUUUGAUGAUAAAGCUGCUGCUGAAGACUGAGGAAAAUCCACAAAUUAAUUUUAAACCCAAAAAUGCAACACUUCAGACCAACGCCACAAUCACAGCCUACGCGAUCCAACUCAAUGGCACCCUUUCCCCUCUGUUUGUUCUUAACGUGGAGAGCAGCAUCAGCACUCAGGUGUUUGUUGUUGGAAUGAAGAUCGCUGGAAGUCUCAGCCUCAACAAAAUGAAACUGUCUCUGGGUACAAGUUAUGUUGGACAGUUUGAGGUCAGCACCAUUGACCACAUAUUCCAAAUGGUCCUCAAGGUGGUGGCAAUACCCAUAGCGAAUGUUUAUCUUGCUGAAGGUUACCCACUUCCUGCUUUAGGAAAGAUGCAGUUUGUGAAUCCCCAACUUCAAAUCCUGAAGGACUCCAUUCUGCUCAGUACAGAUGUUCAGUUUACAGGUUGAACUGUGCGACUUCUGAUGAACUGGAGAAAGCCACACUAAAGACAAAAUUACAGGAAGAAAACAACCUGCAAACAGCUCUUCCAGUGAAUAAACUUAAGACUUUGAUUUUAACCUGCAAACAGCUCUUCCAGUGAAUAAACUUAAGACUUUGAUUUUAACCUGCAAACAGCUCUUCCAGUGAAUAAACUUAAGACUUUGAUUUUAA